CUAUUCUUCUCAACCAUUCAUCAUGCCCACUCUCAGCCAGGUUCGUCAGUCCAACACGGCCCUGGGCGCUCAACGCCAAAAGAUGGUCGCCGUCUUCGUUGGAGGCACCAGUGGCAUAGGAGAGGCGACAGCUAAGCAGAUGGCGCUCGCUGUGAAACAACCAACCAUCCACUUGGUUGGCCGGAAUCCCGCAUCCGGUUCCAGAGUCAUAGAGGAGCUCCGGGCUUCCAAUCCAAACGGAUCAUUUCACUUCAUUCAAUCGGAUGUCUCACUUCUGCGCAGUGUUGACAAAGCCUGUGCGGAAAUCACCGACAAGGAAAAGCAAAUUGAUCUCCUCUUCAUGUCUACCGGCCACCUCUCUCUUUCAAAAAACGAAACCGAUGAAGGACUAGACGACAACCAUGCCCUUCGUUACUACUCCCGGAUGCGCUUCGUGCAGAACCUGAUGCCUCUGCUCAGUGCCUCCCCCGGUCCAGCCAGGGUCGUAUCCAUCCUAGCAGGCGGCCAAGAAGGCACCAUCGAAGAAGACAAUUUCGACCUGAAGAAGUCAUGGAGCUUUUCGAAAUCGAACACAUACGCCGCCACAUUAAACUCCUUAGCAAUAGAGCAUCUAGCCUCCGCCCAUCCGACCGUAAGCUUUCUACACGUCUUUCCGGGAAUUGUACGGACUCCUUUGAUGAACGCCUCCUUUGGGAACUUUGGCGGGGCUAUCAUAAGCUUUCUUUCUCGUCCAAUUUCCAUCACGCCGGAGGAGAGUGGCGAGCGUAAUCUGUUUCUCUCGACGUCGGCAGCUUAUCCUCCCGCCACGCCCAAAGAUCCAUCACAUCUGGGGGUUCCCUUAGUCAAGGGGGUGGACACAGCAUCUGCAUCAACUGGUAAAAUUGGAGGGGGCUCCUAUAUUCUCAAAUACGAUGGGAGCAAUGCAACUCGCGAGAAACUGAUGGCUGAUUAUCGAGCCCGGAGUUUCCCUGGUAAGGUUUGGGAUCAUACACUGGAGACAUUCAAGCGGGUGGUACGGUCGGACUGA